UAGGACACCUCAUGCCAAAAGACCCUUAAAUAGGGGAAGCCACCUUGUGCACGUCUGCUUCUUGCUACAGAAGACUGCCGUCUGCCUUCUCUGGUCACCCUGCCCAGCUAGAGGAUCUGUGACCCCAGCCAUGAGGACCCUCAUCAUCCUUGCUGCCAUUCUCCUGGUGGCCCUGCAGGCCCAGGCAGGGUUACUCCAGGCAAGAGCUGAUGAGGCUGCUGCAGCUGAGAAGAAGAUUUCAGCGGACAACAAUGACGUGGCUAUUUCCUUUGCAUGGGACGAAAGCUUGAUUCCAAGGAAUUCAGGCUCAAGGGAAAACAUGGCCUGCUUUUGCAGAAUACCGUCAUGCAUUGCAGGAGAACGUCGCCUUGGAACCUGCCUCUACCAGGGAAGAUUGUGGGCAUUCUGCUGCUGAGCUUGCAGAAAAAAGAAAAACGAGCUCAUAGUUUGCUUUGAGAGCUGCGGGGAAUUGCUGUUACUCCUGUACCGUGUCCUCAAUUUCCCUUCCUCACCCUAAAUAAAUGCUUUCUAGCAAG